GAAGCAGCAUAGCGUCCGCUCUACACUAUCAUCCAUAUCCUGUAAUGGUUAUGUGGAAAAUGGCUUUUUCUGAGCAAGAAUUUGCCAUGGAAAACAGACAUAAAAGCAGAGAGAGCUUUACUGUGCUCUGUGAUCCCCCCACGUGUACCUAUUAGCUUAUUCUUAAAGACUGACCUUUCUUGGAUGUUUCCUUCAAGGGAGUCGUCAUCUUUGUCUCUCUCGUUGUCGUUGUUUGCUUGCUCUUUAUUCUUCACUUCAACAUCGCACGCAACACGAUCUCUCGGUGUGUGUGUCUCUCUCUCUCCCUCUCUUUCUCGCCUUUCCAGUUUCUUGAAUUUCAACAGAUUAAUGGGACUCUUCAAACGUUGGAUUCUAUGCUUUCUAGCUCUCAACUUCUUUGCCCCAAUGCCUGUCUCCUCAAAACCUUCUUUAAGCCCUGAAGCACUUGCUCGAAUCCCUGUCGAUUUUCUUGACCUUGCAAAGAAACCAGAGCUUGCAGAUUACAUGGUCGGUAUUAGGAGGAGAAUCCACGAGAACCCAGAACUUGGUUUUGAGGAAUUUGAGACCAGUAAGCUUAUUAGAGACGAGCUUGAUCAUUUAGGCAUCCAUUAUAAGCACCCAGUUGCUAUUACCGGUGUUGUUGGUUAUGUUGGCACCGGUGGGCCUCCUUUCGUUGCCAUAAGAGCUGAUAUGGAUGCUCUAGCCAUGGAGGAGGCAGUGGAAUGGGAGCACAGGAGUAAAGUUCCAGGUAAAAUGCAUGCUUGUGGACACGAUGCCCAUGUUGCAAUGCUUCUUGGUGCUGCUAAGAUGCUUCAAGAGCAUCGCCACGAAUUACAGGGAACGGUUGCUCUUAUUUUCCAACCAGCUGAGGAAGGCCAUGGAGGAGCCAAGAGAAUGUUGGAUGCUGGAGUCCUCAAAGAUAUUAAUGCCAUCUUUGGAAUACAUGUUUCUGGUCAUUACCCUAUUGGUACAGUUGCCUUAAGAGCUGGUCCCAUUUUGGCUGCAAGCGGUUUCUUUGAUGCAGUGAUAAGUGGAAAGGGAGGACAUGCUGCCAUUCCACAGAACUCAAUUGAUCCUAUUUUAGCAGCUUCCAAUGUGAUCGUUAGUCUGCAACAUCUCGUUUCACGUGAAGCUGAUCCCUUGGAUUCACAGGUAGUGACAAUUGCAAAAUUCCAAGGAGGUGGUGCAUUCAAUGUUAUUCCAGAUUCUGUUACUAUUGGUGGCACAUUCAGGGCAUUUUCCAAAGAGAGCUUUAUCAAACUUAAACAACGAAUUGAAGAGGUUAUCACAAAACAGGCUAGCGUUCAAAGGUGCAAUGCUACUGUCAUAUUUAAUGAAGAUGAGAAACCCUUUUACCCAGUGACUGUAAAUAACAUAGAGUUGCAUGAAUUCUUUAUAAAUGUUGCAUCAGACAUGCUGGGUGCCCUGAACAUUAAAGAAAUACCACUAUUGAUGGGAGCAGAAGACUUCUCCUUUUUUGCAGAGGCAAUUCCUGGAUACUUCUUCUAUGUUGGGAUGAAGAAUGAAUCUCAAGGACCGCUUGAGCCUGGUCAUUCACCUCGUUAUAAAGUCAAUGAAAAGGCACUUCCAUAUGGGGCAGCACUACAUGCAUCUUUAGCAACAAGGUAUCUUCUGGAAAAUCAACUGGAAUCCAAGCUAUCCAAGGGAAAUUUUCAUGAUGAGCUAUAAGUUAGUUCAGCCAAAAAGAUAAAAGGGUAGUGAUGCCUUGAAGCAUAGUCCAAUUUUUGGCAGAAUAUCAGAAACUGUUACACCUGUAAAUUUGAAUGUUUAUAUUAAUAUUUUCAUGCUGCAGAGUAUUCAUUGACUGUGCAUUACCAUAUUGUGUCUUUUUUUUGUUAUCCUGUGCUGCUUAGAAUAACUUUGAAAAUACUUUCAUUGAA